AUGUUUAGAGGAGUCAAAUUUCUGAGACUCGACCAGCUACAGUGCAGGCUCACGGACAAAAUCAUGGCGGUGAUUAUUAAAGCGAAAAUCACAGCAUUAAUCAUUGUAGAAAUAAUUUCAUUUUUUCCUUUGCAUUCAGCCAAGUCUCCAGUAAUACCUCCAGUAAAGAAUAUUACAAGUGAUAACUGGCACCACAUUCUAGAAGGGGAAUGGAUGGUUAAAUUGUAAGUAAAGAAGAUCGGAGUGAUAAAUUAUUUGUUAUGGUCUGAUGUUGGGUGUUGUUAAUUAUGCUGUCUGCAGCUUUCUGACGCUCUGUGUCCUUCCCAGUCAUCAGACAACCUUGACACGGCCGAUCAUUAAGGUGCUUUUCUUUGCAAAGUUAACGUAAAAUUAAUUUUUACGCUUCACAGGCACUAAGGCAGGCUUCAAAUUAUACCAGGACCGGAUCAACGUUAGCUGGAUCGUUGACAUUCAUCGUAUUUUUAAGAAUAUUGUUUUAAUCACUUACCCAGGAACGUUACAUUUGCCAUUCUAGAUUAAUGGUUUUUACAAAUAAUAAAUCCGAAUUUAUUUAGUUCAAGCUUUGUAUGUGAUCUUAAUCUCUGAGUUUCAAAAUCAGACCAGAUUUCAUCACGUUUUUCCUAACAAAGUAUCAACGCAUACAUUACAAGUGCUCAAGCUCAAAUACACCUUUUUACCUCCUGUGGAGAGAAUAACAAUCAAACACUCCUCCUGGAAUGUUCAGUUAAGUCAACUGGUAUGCACCAUGCACUACCAAAUCAUGCAAAGUCCAAAAACGUAUGAAUAAAAGUUUACUUACUUCUGAUAAGCUUAUUGAUCAGGAUAAUUUAAUCUGGAUUAAUUUUUUGGAGCUUUCUCUUCUUUUCGUCAUUUUUUUUUCCAUGAGUUAUUAAACAAACAAAAUUUUUCGUCCCAGUCAUAUUUUUGUAAGAAAGCAGACCAACGUAAAUGACUUACCUAACAAUGUUUUUUGAGAUUGAAAGUCAUCUAAGGCCUGCCAGGACCACAACACUUUGCUUUACUAUUUGCAAAUGUUGCAAUUCAUGCACUUUAUUUGCACUGUAAACUGAAUCGAAAUCCCUCGCCCAAAAAUUUUCUUAUAGACAGUAUGUGUUUCUUUUUGUUUAUUUUUUUGGUGUUCCUUUACAAUAGUUUUGCCCCGUGGUGUCCUGCCUGUCAGCAAGUAGGUCCUGUGUGGUCCAAAUUAGCUUUGAAAGCUGAUGAACUUGGGAUAAAUGUUGGAGAAGUGGAUACAACCAUAGAACCUGGUAAGGUUACUGUAUGCUCUUCUGUUUUUUUCACCUUCUAUCAAAAUAAAGUGGACUACUCUCAACAAUUUUUAGCAGCUGUUUUUAAAACAAAUGAAAUAGUCAACCUUUAGUGCUUUGCAUCAGUUGCUCCAUGUUUUGAAAUACACUCAGGAAAUCUGGAGAACUCCUAAGAAGCUGAUUGCUCCUAAUAGUGCCAAGCAACAUUGUUUUAAAGUGAUUGUGUAAGUUCUAACAGGUAUAUUGUGUCAUUUAUGAGGCCAACAAAGUGAAGGCCAAUAUUUUUGCUAAGUUUCUAUUGCAUUGUUUUAAAGCCACAAUUUACUGCAGUGGAAAUCUUAAAAAUGCAAAUCAUUAAACUUCUCUUUUAGCACUUAGUGGAAGAUUCAUGGUUUUAUCAUUACCAACUAUUUACCAGUAAGUAUGAAAACUGCAUUUAAUACACUCUGAUAGAUUAAAUUUUUAAAAGACUAAUUGUUUACUUCUUGUCUUGUAAGGGUUAAUACUGAUUAAUAUUUAUCUCUUGUAAUCACUCCUCUUUUGAUGCCAAGUGUGGACUACUAGUGGCCUGUUUUCUCUUGAUCUGAAGCAUGAGUUCUAAUUGAGACAAGAUUGUGACCAAAAUGGAUGUGUUGUGCCCAAGAAGAAAAAAGGGCUGAUCCCUUUUCUCUGAAUAUAAAGGAAGUCUGCCGUAAGAUGUCUUCAUUGGAUAUAUGAAUAAAAGGGUUUGUGUUUCUGCAUUGGUGGGGGAGUAUAACAAGAUGAUUUUGGUUUUAUCAAGUGCGUUAGUAAUGUAAAUCAGCCACUGUAAAGAGUUUUAAGGCUGACAUUUCAAGUGUUAGCCUCUCAUCAAAGUGUAUGGAGGAAUUAUGAGUAGUGUGUGUUUAUAUAUAUGCAGAGGAUGGAUUCUGUUUUUGAUGAGAUUAUGGUGACAAGAAAACAAAAAUAAAUUAGGUGAACGAAAAGAGCUUGUUGAUGCCGUGGGGUCUAAAAGUGUGGAUUUGAAAGAUAAAUUUUUGUUAUAGGGUUUUGCAGCUUUCCAAACUGCCUAGAUGUAAAGAAAGGCUGCACACUGCCAUGUGCUGUCUAGAAUGUGUAGGGAGAUUUAAGUGUCUAGCAACUGGUUAGGACACAUCCUUGUCAUUCCUUUCUACCCUUUGAAGAUGUUCUUGGAUUCAAUCACCAAGUUGUGUAUACCUUUUGGCAAUAAGUUCAAGUUAUGCAAUUGGUGAUAUUGGUGGAGGUGCACAUGAAGUGAUCUGGAUGGAUCUUUCAGGUCUUGACAUUUUCUCUACAUUAUUAAUUAAAGGACAAGUGUUGCAUAGAGCACAGUUAUAUUUGAAAGUUCUCGAUUAGUCAAUAGUUUAAUGCACUUCUGACCAAAAAGUUGCCUAUGUUUUUGUUGCAUCUGAAUGAAAUUAGUGGAGGUUGCAAAAAGAUAGUACCAGUCUCUUAGCUAUUUUGUAGUGAUAUAAGGUUUUUAAGAAUGAUGGGAGGUAACUGGGUGGCUGUGAGGAUUAAAUGUUAAAGUGAAUGGAAUGCCAUUGGUAUUUUCCUUCUGUGAUGUUGGUAGUGAUGACUGUUAAUGAAUUUGCUGGGUGUGGUGGUGGCCCACUUGAACAAAACAUCUGAUGAAGGACUAACAGUUGAAAUGUCAGUUACAGUGGCCAAUUUACAUUACUGUUAUCAACUCAGUUGACUGAACCAAAAAUCAUCUUACAUCAGAUAUAGUUACAGUAGUAUAAAUCUAAAUUAUUGUCAUUGAUCUCCAGUGUGAAGAAUGGUGAGUUUCGCUUGUUCAAAGGAUCAAGGUCAUUGAAGGGAUUUAUGGCUUUUAUAAAGGAUCAGAAAUGGAGGGACAUUGAACCUUUACCUUGGUGGAAAUCUCCAGGUUCAUAUCUGUAUGUACAUCUGAAUUUGUUAAUAAUAUUUAAUCUCCUGGGCCAGGGUUAUUCAAAGCUGGAUUAAGAUAACCCAGGUUUAAUGUGAAAUCUGACUUGAAAUCUGACUUAAAAUCUGAAAGCUUUAAAGGAAAUUUCACUGUAUUUUUUUUGUACAAUUUGAUGAUUGGAUGCUCUAAAAAGAACAGAGAGAAAUUUUCCAAAGGGGAAUUUGAACAAAGGAAUAAAGAAACUUAGUUUAAAAUUUUAUCCUGGGUUAGUGCUAAUUGGCCUUCAAACAACUGGGCCCUGAUGGAGCAGUUUCCUGAUUAUUUGUAUGAACAAACUGGAUUCUUAUUAUUUGUGUUGAUUUUGCAUUAUGGGUGGAUGUCCUUUUUACUUCAUUGGAGCUCAUUGCUAGGUUACUAGGUAAUCUGCCAUGCAAGUAGAGUCGUACAGCACCAGGAUUUGCCACUCAAUUAUGUAGUGUCCAGAGGUGGCUCCCAGGUGUCUAACAAACUGAACAUUUAAUUUACUUGAAGUAGUGUUCAAACUAGCCUUGUAAAUGACUUAAUUAUCCAGUUCAUUUGUGAGCAAACCAUCAAUUAUCAAUUCAAAAAAUGAAUAUUCUUUCCUCAGGAUGGGAUUUCUUGGACUGAUGUUUAAGUUGUCUGUGCUACUGCAGGUAUCUGUAUGACCAAAUUAAAGAACAUCAUGUUUUUUACCAAAUGUAUUUAUGAGGCAAGUGUAUUGUGUGGCUCACUAACUGUGUGAAUCUCCCAGGAGAAAUACAAGGGAUUUUAUUUAGGAGGGGGAAAAGGAUUCAUUUUUAAGAGUGAGACCAUUGCCUUUAUGGCUGUGAUACUAAUUUUUCAAAUGAUUGCUGGUCGAAUUGAGUAAUUAAAUUUAAUUUUUUCAAACUCAAAUUCCAUUCAAAUGUACAACAUGCAUGUAGUCAUAGUAUUAGGAGAUGUUAUUUACAGCAACCAAUUAAACCACAAGCAAGAAUUGUACUUUCCUUACAGAACCUACAUGAGCUUCUGACAGUGACAUAUGGUGUGCCAGUGUGGGGCUCAUACACUAUAUUUGGUGUGGUGGUUGUAGCCACAGGACUUCUUCUUGGAAUGGUGGGUGAUAAUUUCUACAAAAAUAGUCCUAGUUCAAGCUUAAUACAGGCUGACCACUUAAUACAGGCUAAUGGCUUUAUACAGGUUGACCAGCAGAUGGCUUGCAUGAUGUUCUUGCAUAAAAUCUGUGCUUGUUGUCCAAAGGAGAAAGAUAUCUGAAAUGUGUGAGGAAAUUUGAACUUAAACUACCAUCAUUGAUUUUGGGAGACUACAGAUAAACAUGGAAUCCAUUUUAUGAAACAGAUUAUCCUUAGUUUUAUUUGAGUGGUUCUGUUUAAGUGGAAAUCCAACACAGGUGGAAGACAACAAACACAGGUCAUUGUGACUCAGUCAAAGGUGAUCAUGGCUGUUAAAUAGAGGUGAAAAUUACAGUAAUGAAGAGGAAAAAAUUUCAAGACUUUGACAGCUGACUGCUUAAUACAAGUUCAACUGUGUUUUGGUACUGAAUAGUGUAAUAUAAUUAUGCAACAAACAUCUAUAAGUAAUAAUUCUAAGAGUGGAAAAGUAUCGUAAGAUUUCCAUUGUGAGAUCUUUUUUCUGAUACCAGGCAUAAACUUACCACUGAAAGUUUCAUCUGGCAAACCAAGAGACUGAGGAAGCAUUUGUCUUCUUUCUGUUGUGAACAGGGUAUAGUAUUUUUGUCAGACUGUAUUUUGGGGGCUCCCUCUUAUCCAGUCCCAGUACAACCAAUGAGGAAAGUGAUCAAAGAAGAGCCAGAGGAAGAGGAUGAUGGUGAUGGAGGAGAUGGAAAGGAAGUAAUAAAGGAAAAUGAAGGAAAUAAAACAGACCAAACUGAAGUGAGGAAGAGAGUA